GUUUCUCUCAGCUCAAGGACUCUUGCCUUUUGCAUCGAGGAUGGCGGGUGGCGUGGACGGCCCCAUCGGGAUCCCGUUCCCUGAUCACAGCAGCGACAUCCUCAGCAGCCUGAACGAGCAGCGGAACAACGGGCUGCUGUGCGACGUGGUCAUCUUGGUGGAAGGCCAGGAGUUCCCUACCCACCGCUCCGUCCUGGCGGCCUGCAGCCAGUACUUCAAGAAGCUCUUCACCUCAGGGUUAGUGGUGGACCAGCAGAACGUGUAUGAGAUAGACUUUGUGAGCGCGGACGCCCUGUCGGCCCUGCUGGAGUUCGCCUACACCGCGACCCUGACCGUCAGCACUUCCAACGUCAACGACAUCCUCAACGCCGCCACCCUGCUGGAGAUCCCGGCGGUGAGGGAUGUUUGCACGGAUCUCCUGGACAGGAAGAUUCUGGCCAAAAAUGACCAGAUGGAUACAGUAGAUCAAAUUGAUCAAAGGAACCAUCUCAGAGCAAAAGAGUACCUGGAGUUCUUCCAGAGCAACCCCGUCAACGGCCACCAAGGCAGCUUCCCGUGGACCAACCCAGAGUUGAGAGACCUUCAGAGACUGAACUUCCGAGGCCAAGAGGAGGAGGAGGAGCCGGACUGCAAUGGCUUAGACUUCUACUCUCAAACCCCUCUGAAUGAAAGACCAAAGGCGAAUGACUGUGAUCCUGACAGCAACCCAGCCAUGUGGCUGGACAGGGAGGAGGAGGAGGCAGCCUCCGGCUCCUUGUUUUCACCUUCUCAGAACGGACAUUACAGUGGCCGGAGCCUGCCCACCCCGGGAGAAGAGGAGGGGACCCUGGGGGCACCUCUGGACCAGCAGGAAGCCGGCGACUCCCCCAGCUUCGGUCCCGCAGAGGCGGAGGACGACGUGCGGGAGGUGGAUGGGUUGGCUGCCAGCGCCCUGCUGCAGCAGAUGAUGAAUUCCAUGGGCAGGCAGCAGCUCGGGGAGGACGAGCGGAAGGACGACGAUGGGGUCAUGGAUUAUUACUUGAAAUAUUUCGGCAGUUCGAGCGAGGGCGACGUCUACCCGUCCUGGUCCCAGAAGGUGGAGAAGAAGAUCAGGGCAAAAGCAUUCCAGAAGUGCCCCAUCUGCGAGAAGGUGAUCCAGGGGGCUGGCAAGCUGCCGCGCCACAUCCGCACCCACACCGGCGAGAAGCCCUACGAGUGCAACAUCUGCAAAGUCCGAUUCACCAGGCAGGACAAGCUGAAGGUGCACAUGCGGAAGCACACCGGGGAGAAGCCCUACCUGUGCCAGCAGUGCGGCGCCGCCUUCGCCCACAACUACGACUUGAAGAACCACAUGAGAGUCCACACCGGGCUGCGGCCCUAUCAGUGCGAGAGCUGCUUCAAGACUUUCGUCCGCUCCGACCACUUGCACAGGCACCUUAAAAAAGAUGGAUGCAACGGAAUUCCAUCCCGGAGGGGUCGGAAACCCCGGGUGAGGGAUGGCGGAGCUCUGCCUCCUACCCCGACGGGGACCGCCGAAGAUGGAAGUUUUCAAGCUGGAGGAGAGAGUCAGGAAUCAGAGGACACCACCCUGCAGGGGACCGGGCAGGAGGAGCAGCAGCAGCAGCAGCACUUUGAGGAGAAUUCAAACAACGAAGAGUCAGGAUUGAAUGUAGCAGCAGGAGGAGGAGAAGGAGGAGGAGGAGGAGGAGGGGCUGUGGAGGGUAACACGCAAGGACUCUCCUAA